UUAUUUGGAGGUGUUUUAAGACUGUCUAAAGUCUACAAGUGUUCAGUCCCUUAAAUUCAGGAAGUUUUUGUAUCCCAUUCUAGGGAACACAUUUAAGAUGGUUUCACGUUAGCUUAAAGUUCAACAAUUUAAGGUUAAAUUUGUAAAAAUGUGUUGAUAGUGUUUGCAAAAACGGUGCAUGUUUUUCUUAUCCUGUGCUAAUGUCACAAAACACAGAUAAAACUAAAAUACGAUGUCUUUGGAACUGAAUAUAGUGAGUCUUCUUUUCUAAUAGAGGCGUUAUUCGACAUAGAACCCACAAGUUUAUAAACUUUAUGAGCACAUUUGUGCCUUUAAUUAUACUAAAUGAUACGUAUAUGCAUAGAAAGUGUGUGUGUACGUGUGUGUACGUGUGUGUACGUGUGUGUGUCAGUGGGGGUCAUGCCAACAUGGGAGGGACCGGACCAUCAAGUGGACAGCUCUCCACUUCUCCGCCCACCGGGCUGCGCUGCCUCCAAACCACAUAGGCAGUAGCUCGGCAUGUGGAUGAACAUGAGCAGGAACAGAAGAGUUAACCAGGGAUGAACGAACCCUGCGCUGCUUCAACACAACUACAGUGAGUAAAGGGAAGAGAAGAGACGGCUGAAGUUGGCAGGGACGACGACAACACACGACGGCUCGGUGGUACAACUCUGCCCACUCGGCUGUCACUGCCGGUAACUGCUGCGGACAGUCGACCGAGGCGGAGCGCACACGGACGGUUAGUGGAGAGGAGAAGGUGGGAGAGGGGAGCCGUGGAGGAGCGGGCACCGCAGGAGCAGCGCUCACACCUGUGACUCGAGAAUCUAUAUAAGGACAUCACGGUUCAAUUCCAUUACCUCUACAGUCGAAGUGACUGCAAACUCUGGUGAAACUGUGACCUGUUUUUCUGUGCAGUGAUGGAUUCACCUACAGAUCUUUUCAGUGACUCUGCUCUGCAUUCUCCUGCUUUUGCUCCCAGUUUGAGCUCCACUGAUCUGCCCGGGGUUCACCCUCAACCCAGUGCAGGCCGCCCUCCUCCAGCCUUUAGACCCCCAGGGUUUUCUCUCGUCCAUCACCUUCAUCAGCCAGGAGGAUCAAGCAAAAGGGGGUCAGGACAGCCCAACGUGACAAACAUGAGCUCACGCAUGCACCUGGACCCCAGAAAUCUGGAGGAAAAUGGUGUAAAAAGGGAUGAACAACUAGAGCAACCGAUUGCAGGAGGCGAGGAAGGAAUUCUAGAGGGAGAAGAGAGUUUGUCGGAGGGGAAGAAGAGGCACAGUGACAGUGCCCUCUCAGCAGAGUGGGGUCAGGAUGUGCUGAAAGUGAAGAGGAUGAAGACCGACAGACACAGAGAUGAGGAAGGAGGUAGGAGACGAGAGAGCGGGAAAGAUGUGAGGAGAAGAGAAAGGGAAGAGCUGAAAGAGCAGCUGGAGGAGGCCAGAGAGAGACUGCAGCUCCUGCAGGAGAAGGUUUGGAGGGCUUUUGGUGAGAAGCAUUUGGCAGACGAGGAGAAGAACAGGAGGAACAGGAGUGAAAAGAGAGGAACAACAGAGGAUGGACAUGUGGAUGCGGUGAUACUAGGAGAGGAGGACAUUCCUGAAGGGAUGUAUGAUGAGGAGGACAUGGAUGAUGGAGAGUUGGAAAAGGAAUCCUUCUCUCUUCUCUCUGUUUCUCCUUUCGAUCACUUCCACAAAGGGAGAGAAGAAAGACAGAAAGAGAGGGAGAAGAAGACGGAGAGAGACGGAGGACUGCAUCUGGAGAGCUUAAUGGAGGGAUCGGGCUUGUGGUUGGACUGUGGAGGACUGGUUAGAGGAGACUGGGAUGGAGAAAUAGAAGAGGAAGGGGAGGAGGGUGGACAGAAGUUUGCCCAGGCCCUGAAGCUGGAGCUGGGCAGUGCUGUGGCCCGAGUCAUCGACCGAGUUCUCCGCCUUUACACCGAAACUACAGAUCUCACUCCUUCCUCUCCUCCUCCUGCUAUUUCUUUUCUCCAAUCUAGUGGGGGAAACGAAGGGGGGAGGGGAAAGGAUAUGUGGAUGGGACUUUUAACAAGUGGACAAGGAGAGGAUAAGACAAAGGGUAAGGAGAAGGUCAGAGGGCAGGAUGGAGGGCUACAGCUCCAGAAGAAUGGCACUAAUGUGUCUGCAGGAGAAUCACAUCCUACUGAACCCUCAGACCUGUCCAUGCCAUUGGCUGUUCAAAGAUCACCUGACCUUCGGAAGUCUCACCCACUCCUUGGCCCACCCCCCCCAAACCUCUCCCUGCAUCACCCUUCUCUGCCUCAUCCUCCCCCUCUUUCUCACCCUCCCCUCUUACCUCCAACUUCGCAGCCCAAAGACACCUCUUCCUCUUCCUCCUCUUCCCAUCCUUCCUCAUCCUCCUCUUCUGCCUCAUCCUCCUUUCCUGCACCUCUUUCUCUGCAUCCCCCUCCCCCUCCUCCUCCACCCCCUCUGCCUCUGCCACUGCUGCACUACUCCAUGCAGCAACUCUUCUCCAGAGCGCUCCACCAUCCUCAGCUCCCCCACCUGCCUCCGCCGCGCAAGGACUACCUGAACCCAGACUCAUUCCUGGAUUUCUCACCUCACCCCACAUCUCACCCCUCCUUCCCUCCGCUGCCCCUGCUUGGCCACCUCGACCCCUCGCUCGCCCAUCAUGCACACAGGGCUCGGGAGACGGAACGAGGGGUGCGAGGAGGCGGAGGAGCUAUGGACGGGGGAGAUCUCUACCUUGCAGCUGGAGGGAGUCAGGAGGGUCUGUCCCCGUGUCACCUGAAGAAAGCAAAACUCAUGUUCUUCUACGCUCGAUAUCCCAGCUCCAACACCCUCAAGACCUACUUCCCUGACGUGAAGUUUAACCGCUGUGUGACCUCCCAAAUGAUUAAAUGGUUCAGUAACUUCAGAGAGUUCUUCUACAUCCAGAUGGAGCGAUUUGCUCGACAGGCUGUGCGCGAGGCUCUCACCCGCGAUGGUUCUUCCCGUCCAGGCAGAGAGAGUCAGCUGCGAGUGGGCCGUGACACUGAACUGUAUCGCAUAUUGAACAUGCACUACAACAAAAGCAACAUCUACCAGGUUCCUGAGAGAUUUAUAGAAGUGUCAGAAGUGGCUCUGAGGGAGUUUUACUCAGCCAUUUGGACCGGAAGAGACAGCGACCCCUGCUGGAAGAAAGGCAUCUAUAAAAUAAUUUGUAAACUGGACAGUCCAGUACCAGAUGCCUUCAGGCUGCCUGGGUGUCCUGUUGGUUAAUCUGUGAAAUUUCUCAUUGAAUGUACAGAUGGUGAAAUAUACACAAAAGAAAUUUAAAAAAAAAUUCUUCACAACAUCCUGGAUGUGUGAGAGAUAUCUACUGGUUGUCGUUUGUUGUUGUUUCUUUAUUGAUUAUUCAUUUAUGUUUAAAAGAAAACCUUUUUUGAAAGUUGCUAAAAUGUAAUAAAGGGGAAUUGUGCUGGGACACAUGCUGAUGUACUAUAGCAGAAUGACAAACUGAGGUCUGUGAAGAGGGUCUGGUGAAUUCACUUAGUGAAGAAUGUGAACAUACCACUGAGUUUGUUGUAAAAGAGAAGAGAAUUGUACUGCAAAUAUGAAGUCACAGUGAAAGUAACAACAGCGUAAGAUGGAGCUAAAAGUACUGUCAUUUAACCUCUUUCAUUUCCCAACAUCACUUUCAUCAAAAGGUCUUUGUGUGGUGUGAUUUGCUUUUAGAAAAUAUUCUGAUUUGCUUUCAGGUCAUUUUUGUUGAACACAUACUCAAAAAAAUAUAAAGAAUGUGCAUUUUAAAUAUAUAUCUCAUCUUUUUUGGUAAAACUAUGAGCACAGUGGCUUCUGUCAGUGGUUUUCUCUUGCCUGUGUAUCCGUCUCUGUUCUUAUGAUCUAAUUAUUAAGCUUUUGUUCAUGAAAACAAAAUAUAUUAUGAUCACAAUAACCCGUCAUUUGUGACUCUCGUAUAGAGGCAAUGACUUGAUUUUAAUGAUUUUUUUUCUUUUUGUUAAAAUGAGUUUUUAAAUGUGAUGCUUAACUCAACAGGCCACACACUCGUCUGUAUAUGCUGCUCUUUAAAACACUGUACAAACCGUUGUUUUUUAAUGCAUGUUUUCUGUACCUUGGAUUUGGAUUUGUAAUCAUGUUUAUGGAUCUCAUUUGUAUUGUUCAUGUCAUCCCCUGACCCUUCAAUGUAUAUCUGUGCCUCAUUUAAACUUUGGUGAAGUUUGGUGUUUGAAUUUUUAACAGUGGAUUAAAGUGAUACCAGGCUCAUGUUGUGAUGAGUGGACUUACACACACACACACUCACACACGGUCUCACUGGCGUUCAGUGCCUGAAGCAAACACUAGUGCCAUCGCGAGUUAAUCCUUUAAUCUAACAACAUGACUACACCAACACAAAGACAAAUGCACACAAUGUCUCACUGGUGUGUGUGCUGGCUUUGUAAGAGGCUCAGUAACGAACCAACUCUGACCACCUGAGACAACCUACACACACAAAAUUUACUGCAGGAAAAUAACUUUUGAUGAUUACCAAGAAACAACUGAUUCCAUAGAUGGAAAAAGUAUUCCGGCCAACCUGUAUAAUUCUGUACCAACAAACCAAG